ACAUAGAAAAUGCACUCAGCUCCUUCAGCCUGUGAAUGCGAACACCAUGUCUCUCUCGAUGUGUUUGCUUUUUGCCGUGUUAGCCUCAGCCCCACUGGGUUUGUUUGCUGAAGUUGUGACAAACUUCUCACCUCUUUGUAAUGAUUAUUUUUACGAGGGUAAAGAGCCUGCAGGCAUAGAUGCAGAUGCUGUUAAAAUCUGCCAGAGAUACAAUGGAAAAUAUUAUUAUGCAUCUUUGUAUUCUAAAUGGUACAAAAUUCCAUUGUACAGUGCCUACAGAUUUAACCCUGGUGACAAAAGUAAUCUGAAAAAGACCAAAAACAUCUGGUUUAUUGAACCCCAGAUUUCUAACACAGGGUCUAGCCCCGAUAUGAGCCUGCCUGGAUCUUCUACCCAAAAAGCCAAUAACCAGCAAGCGCUCAACACAGACUACGAAUUCUCUGGUUUUGAUCGUGGACAAUUAAACCCCACCAGCUUCCAGCGUGAAGAAGCGCGUUAUGCCACCUUCACUUUGACCAAUGCUGUUCCCUUGUAUCCUUGCUUUCAUCGCUUCCACUGGAACAAGUGGGAAAAAGAAACUAAAAUGCUUCUUUAUUCGGUUUCUGAUGAGGGGUUAGCUUAUAUUGUUACCGGAGUUGUUCCUACAGAAUACAGGAUACCUUGGAAAAGUGAGUUUGAUGAAGCCACAGACAGAGAGUACCACAGAGUUAGCAUUCCAUCUCACAUCUGGACAGCUGUCUGUUACAAGCACAGUAGCAACAAUAGUAAAUCCUUUUCAUUUGGCUAUAUUGGAAAAAAUGAAGAGCACAGCACCAUUAAGGCAAUGAGUAUAAGCAGUCUCAAAGAAAAGCUGAUUGAGCUGUACGGAAAUAGCCCCUCCCUGACAAUAUUUGAAGGUGACUGCGACAGCUCUUCACCUCUAUCUCAGAAAACUCUUGAAACAUACACAAGAGGUGAAAUGAAUCGAAUAGAUCGAUUCUACCUGCCUCGGAAUUUAAAGAUGAUCUACGAAGCCGCCUCAGGCUCGCUUGGUGUCUCGCAUGACGAGACUCAGACACCUCAAGGAAACUAUCCGUACAUCAGCAAACUUGAAAUAAUUGACCAACCCCGGAGCAUUAUCACAUGGUUCACCAAGGUUGAGGAGCUGAAGAAAGAGACAAAAACUGUCUGUGUGCUGAAAUCGGGUUUUUCUUAUCUAGUAUCAAAGGAUCAAGUCAAUGCUUUAGAAAACCCAAAGGAACUCACUUGCAUAAUGCUUCCAGAAAAAUCUGUCGAAGGGUCAGUAAUAACUGCAGAUGGCACUCCUUGUGUGAAAGGGGAAACAUGCUCCAGUCAUAAAUGCCACACCGAGGAUGGGGAAAAAGAGUGUUGUUCCACCCCAUGCUUAUAUGACUAUGAGAAAUAUGCCUACAAGUGUAAGUCUGGAACACAAGAGAUCAGAUGCUCUCCGCAGUACUCAGCCAUCACAUCUAAAGGAGAAAAGUGCCGAGAUGAUCACUUCUGCGCCACCUACGGGAAAACAUACUAUUGGUGUUAUACAGAGAGCUCCUGGGAUUAUUGCAGCCCACCUCACAUAUUGAGUAAACACCAAAGUAGAGAGCAAUGUCGUAGUAACCAUCACUGUGGAAUGCAUGGCUACAGCUACUAUUGGUGUUACACUGAUGACAACAACAACUGGAAGUACUGCUGCCUAAUUGAUGACCACUACUCUGCUUACAGUGGGAAGACUUGCCUUCCAACCCAUCCAUGUAAUUACUAUAAAAAGAAGUACCUGUGGUGUUACACAACGGAUGGAACAUGGGAUUACUGCUGCAAUCAGUACCCCGGUGCAUAAUAUCCCAACUCUACCACUCGCAAUAGACUGAAGCUUUCAUAUAUAAAAAAAUAUUUACAAUAAUGGAUUAUAAUAAUAUACCUUGUAUUAAGUCUACAACCUGCAUGCUAAAUUAACUUACUGAAAUUACUGAAUUGAAUGAAAUUAUCCACAAACUUUUUAAAUACUACAGAAAGAACAGGGUGUUUUUUUCAUGGGCAAAAAUAAUUCAGGAAUCACAUAAAUAUGCACAGCUGUAUGAAUAUUGACCUUUCUACUAGCCUAGUAACUAGGUGCCUCUUAAAAUGACUGUUUAGUGUAUGAAAGUGAUCCUUGGCGAAGAUUUCUUUUCACCACUGAAACCAUAAAUCGAUCCAGCAGUCCUUUCAACAUGCUAGGCUUGCACGAAAAGUACUUUCUUAAAGAUAGUUAUCUGUUAUUCGUGUAUUAAAUUUUCACUAUGGGCGAUAAGUAAAUAAAAGUGUAUCCUGCUAAGUCAUUCUCGGUACAACAGGGAAUUCCUUUAAACUGUAGGUCUUCCAGUGGUUUUCAGUUGUCUGAGUUGCCUUUUACUGGCCUCUAGUGGUCUGUCCAUGUUACUACAGAUCCUUGUAGCUCUACAAACACCUUUUUACACAGAAUAAGUAUCACAGCAGCUGUCUGUGUAAUUCUGCUUUCUGUUCUGUAUUUGUAUAUUGCAUAUAUGAGUUUAAUAAAAUAUAUAUUAUAUAUAUCAA